AGAUAACUGCAAGUGUUGCUAACCGUCAGCAGAGCAAUUGGUGAAGUGAACGCAUGACAACCGGAGAACUGUCGACGUUGAUUUUCUUUUCUGAUGCUGUUCCUGAAGAACUUCCUCUCGAUACGUUCCUACGCCGUGAACACCACGGCAAUGGCGCAACUGAAAGUGGCCAUAAUCGGCCAGAGCCCCUUCGCAGCCGAGGUGUACAAGCUCUUGAAACAGAAUGGUCAUCAAAUCACAGGACUGUCACAGCAAGAGCUGACAAUACUCCGGUCUUCAAGAUCAAAUCUUGGAGGAGCAAAGGCGUGACGUUGCCAGAGAUCUUCGACUUGUACAAAGGAAUCGAAGUGGACUUGAACGUCCUUCCAUUCUGCAGUCAAUUCAUCCCCAUGGAGGUGAUUAAUCAUCCUCGCCACCGCAGCAUAUGCUACCAUCCGUCAAUACUGCCGCGGCACCGUGGAGCUAGCGCUAUCAGCUGGACCUUGAUAGAAGGAGAUGACACCGCAGGGUUUUCCAUCUUCUGGGCUGACGACGGCCUCGAUACAGGGCCGAUCUUGCUUCAGAGGUCCUGCAAGGUGGAGCCUAACGAUACUCUGGACACUUUAUACAACAGCUUCCUGUAUCCCGAAGGCAUCAAAGCCAUGGCAGAGGCUGUGGAUCUUGUGGCCAAAGGACUCGCUCCGAUGGCUCCACAGACGGAAGUGGGAGCCACUUAUGACCCCAUGUUGAACAAAAAGCAGCUUCAGAAGAUAGAUUGGACGAAGCCUGCGAAAAGAGUCCACGAUUUCAUUCGUGCCUUGGACAGCACUCCAGGUGCUUGGACUACUAUUAACGGCGAGGAAGCUCGUCUAUUUGGAUCUACCUUGUGGAACGGUGAUAAGGCGCCCGAGCAUGAAAUUGAAGUCGCUCUGGAGGACAGAGUGGGUAUCGUUCACGGGGGUGGAUUGCUGAUCAACACCGUUGACAAUCAAUUUGUCAAUGUAGAGAGGAUAAAGAUCGGUAGUAGAACCAUCCUUGCCAGCAAAUUUGGCCAGCAGAGUGAAAGUACUGUGCUUGAGUUCACGGACGAAGAGAAGAAGCACAUAGAAACGUUGAGGCGUAUUUGGGAGGGCAUUCUAAAGACAGACGUUGACGAGGACACUGACUUCUUUGCCUGCGGAGCAGGAAGUAUGGACGUUGUAAGGAUGGUAGAAGAAGUCAAGGACAACCUCGGAGUGACCUUGCAGAAUAUCGACGUUUUCAUGGCCCCGGUGUUCAACGAGUUUGUCAACACAGUGGUUCUUGCAGUCAGAGGUGUCUCCGCUGCCAAGGAGAUCAAGUACGACGCCGUGGAAAUGCAAGUGAACAACAUGGACCUGAAGUUCCCUAAACAGUUAUUCAUAAACGGAGAAUUCGUGAAUGGCAGCGGAAUGCCUCUGAACACGGUUAACCCUCACGACGAGAGUGUGAUCUGCUCGGUUGAAACUGCCACCGCAGAUGACGUGGACAAGGCAGUCAAGGCCGCCAAGAAGGCCUUCGAAGAAGGUGAAUGGAGCAAAAUCAGCGCCAGGGAGCGUGGAGCUCUCCUUUUCAAAUUGGCAGAUCUAAUGGAGGAGCACAAGGAAGAACUGGCUACCAUCGAGAGCAUAGACUCCGGUGCAGUCUACACGCUGGCUCUAAAGACCCACAUAGGAAUGUCUAUAGAAACCUGGAGGUACUUCGCUGGCUGGUGCGACAAAAUCCAAGGUUCCACCAUACCGAUAAGUCACGCCAGGCCAAAUCGUAACUUAACGUUCACUAGGAAAGAACCAAUUGGCGUCUGUGGCCUUGUUACUCCUUGGAACUAUCCAUUGAUGAUGCUCUCCUGGAAAAUGGCAGCCUGCUUGGCAGCGGGCAAUACCGUAGUGAUGAAGCCAGCUCAAGUUUCGCCCUUGACAGCACUGAAGUUCGCAGAGUUAACUGUAAGAGCUGGUUUCCCACCUGGAGUGGUUAACAUCGUGCCAGGAAGCGGUUCUGAGACUGGGAACGCCAUUUGCGAGCAUCCUCUGAUUAGAAAGCUCGGCUUCACCGGGUCCACGCAGAUUGGACAAUCCAUAAUGAGAUCCUGUGCUAACAGCAACCUGAAGAAAGUGUCCUUGGAACUAGGUGGCAAGAGUCCUUUGGUCAUCUUCGAGGAUGCUGACCUUCAGCAGGCAGUCAAGAUUGGGAUGGGCAGCGUAUUCUUCAACAAGGGAGAAAAUUGCAUAGCUGCUGGUCGGCUAUUUGUGGAGGAGACAAUUCACGACGAGUUCGUGAGAAGGACAGUCGAGGAGACUAAGAAGAUCUCCAUAGGAAAUCCUCUAGACAGAAGCACGGCCCACGGACCGCAGAACCACAAAGCUCAUUUGACCAAGCUUCUAGACUUCGUGAAACAUGGAGUGAAGGAGGGAGCUCAACUGAUUUAUGGUGGGAAGAGAUUACACCGUCCAGGCUGGUAUUUCGAACCAACGAUCUUCACAAACGUCACGGACGACAUGUACAUAGCCAGGGAGGAAUCUUUUGGCCCGAUUAUGGUCAUCUCUAAGUUUAGCUCGAGGAACAUGGACGAAAUGAUCGCCAGAGCUAACAAUACAGAAUAUGGAUUGGCUUCGGGUGUCUUGACAAAGGAUAUCAGCAAGGCAUUGAAAUUCGCUGAGAAAAUAGAAGCUGGAACGGUGUUCAUUAAUACUUAUAACAAGACGGACGUGGCUGCACCUUUUGGUGGCUUCAAGAUGUCCGGCUUUGGCAAGGAUCUAGGUCAAGAAGCUUUGAACGAGUACUUGAAAACGAAGACCGUCACCAUAGAAUAUUAGGAGAUAUCACCAGCCUCUCAUCCAUUUUCAUUUUGCACUCUUAUCUUUGCACUAUUCUUCACGCACUAUGGAUACUACUACUAGAUUUAUAAAUUUCGUUUUUAUUUAUAUAUAUUGAAUAAAUUUAUUGAGUAUUUUUUAUAUUUCUGCAUGACUUCUGUAUUCUUGAACUCCGGAAGAUAAUCGUUAUCUCUUGAGAUGUCUCCCAAGAAGUAAAAAAAAAAAAAUCUCGCUCCCACGCAUGCAAACUACGUAAACAGUUUUUACACAAGCCCCGUUCUAGUCCCUCUUUCGAAACUCCAGAUGCUCCGACAUGGGUUUUUGUAGAGAAACAAUAUGCUCCGCUUCUGUGGGUAGUCGACUGUUGCACCAUUAUUUCUUUCCAACAUCUUUUUGUCCCUUUCCCUCCUAUGGGUCUAUGUUUUCAAAAGGAUCAUUUUCAAAUAUUGUUCUGCAACUGUUCUGCAAAUGUAUUGUAGAAUAUUUCUUAAGAUUGAUCCUAAGCUGCUUCAGCCUAUUUCACUCAUACAACAAAGUAUUGCAAAAGGAAAUUAUGCAAGUUACACAGAUUAUUAUAAAAGUUGAUAUAUAAAUCUUUCGUUGUAACAAUUAUGAAACAUUGUCCAUGAUUUAUUAAAAACUAAGUUAACAAAAUAGAUCAAAAGAUCAAAGGAGAAUAUUUUUAUUAUAAUUAUUAUCGUUUAAAAAUCCCUUCAGACAUUAAUCUUCUAUUUUAAGUGAUAAUUCUGUAGAUACAUAAAAAAGAAAAAAACCAAAUGGAGCAUAUAAAAAGAACGUUAACUAGAAAAUAAAGUAAGAGAAACUUUCCAAAUGUUAAUGGUCACGUGUUGUUUCUAUGUACCUGAAUCCAGUAAAAUUAUUACAAAAACUACUAUACGAAAGGAACAGCCUGUUCCCCAUAAACACAUCUCUCUCUUCCUCUUUCUUUGUUGCUUUUCUAUCCCAGACAAUAGCAGCUCUAUUUUAUGACGGGGUAUCUUGGCUUCCAAAAAUUAGUUUCAUAUCCCUAGAAGGAAAAGUAAGUAAGAACACGAGACGAAUAAAAUGAAUAAUAGGAAUGGAAACUGGUGAGAUUCUUUCUGACGUUCGGUCACGAACACGGCUUUUCCUCAUGGCUCUCCUCGAAACGAAUAUUCGUUGAAAUUUUUUCAAAGAUUAUCGAAUUAGUUCGACGACCAGGCGACUACGGCAUUCUCCGUGCGGCAUUAUUCAUCGUGAACAGGAAAUGCAAAUUUUCCUCUGGCCCGGCUGUGCCCCCUCGCCCCUUAGGACACUGCUCUCUGACCCUUUCCCAGUCCCCGUUGCUUCCACUCUCUUCCAUAUACUUCUGUUUAUCUUGUUUUCCCAUCGUGAGCUCUUCUUUCCCUCUUUUAGGCAGAUUCCAGACGACGAACUUCCGACGGGGGCCUUGCGAUCAACGCUCUAAACGCUCUAAACGAUAGACUAUUUCCACGCAUUAGGAAAUGAAAUCGAAAUUCCGCAGAUUUUACAUUCGCCUCGACUGCGAAACUGUCGCAUAAAUUUCCCCGAAACACGUCGAGGGAAAAUGUUCUUAAUGUUUCUAGAAAGCAGAGCACAGCUGUUAAUUUCUGUAACAACGACCGCGAGGAGCGUGAAGGAAGACCAGCCGAU